GCUCCUCCCACUAACCCAGGCCCCUCCCCCUCCAUCUCUGUCAGUAUAAGAUAUGGUCUCCCUUCUCUCUCACUCAGUCACAGCCUCAACACUGGAGCAAAGCUCAACAUCUUUAGAUCAUCUUCUCUCUGUUCACACCAACUGCUGCAGUCAUGAAUGUAGGUAUCUGUGUGUGUGUUAUCCUGGCUGCUCUGACCAGUGGCUCUCUGAGUCUGCCUUCACAGUCUGUGAGAGCUGAGAGUUUGACUCUUGUGACAGACAGCCUUCAUCCCUCCUCACCCAACCGCUACCGUCAGGCCCGCUCAGCUCCAGCGCCCCCCUCAGGCCACUUUUCCAGCUACAACCAGGAGGCAGACGCUUCCAACAGCCUGAGCGAGCUCCUGGCCAGACUCAUCUCCAGGAAAGGUUCUCCCUACCAGAGCAGAUCUUCCCUGAGCAGCAGAGCCAGCGGUUUGGCCCCCAGCCACAGGAUAAAGGACAGAGAUUACAUCGGCUGGAUGGACUUUGGAAGACGCAGUGCAGAGGAGUAUGAAUACUCCUCCUAAAGGCUUCAGUUGCUUUCUUCAAACCCUGAAUUAAAAAGUAAAAAGCCCACAAAAAAUGAAGCUCUUUUCACACUGCACUUACUGUAACCCAGGACUGACCUGACUAGUCAUAGGAUGAGUUUAGCUUCACAUCAAAAGCAGAGACAAGAAUUACCUCCCAAAGCCAUCUGCAAAUCAAAAGUUCAAAUUUUAAACUUAAAUAUAAGUAAACGCUUAUGGCAAUGUACUGCAUUUCUGUCAGGAAAUCUUAUGAUAAAACCAGCAAUGUGUUUGUUUAUUCAAUCAGUACUUUCUUCCUCCCCACCUGUCUGUAAUUAGAGUGAAGGACAAAUCAUUAAAAAUGGGUCACAACGACAUUACUCACACAGGAGGAAAUGUGUUUGAGAUGAUUUUCAGUGGUGGAUAAAUACAGAUUUAGUGCUCGUGGAUUUUUUUGAUGAACAGAUACGUCGCCCAGUGCAAUAGUCUGCUCAGUGUGGCUCAAAUGAAGGAGCUAUCAGAGCACGACUGAUUCAUUCAUUGUUGGUUUUUCAUGGGAUAUGUGAGAAUGAGAAAAUUCAUUUAACUCUUAUUGGUGUCAACAGAUUAAAAGACAGAGAUCUGGUACACUUAUUAAUGUCAUAUUUUCUACAUCUGAAAGAUGACUGUAAAGCAAAAAAAAUGCACAAAUGUAAUUCAUUUCAAUAUAAUUUUAUCAUCAGAAAACCGUAGCGUCUUAGAACUCAGACUUAUUCAAAGUAGUUUUAAAAUGUCUAAUUUUACUGACAGUUCAGAAUGUAUGUGGCGCCUCUUACUGGACCUUAAUGAGCCACUAAGGUGUCUUUGAUAAAUUGGACCAAAAGUGGGAUUUGAGUCUGUGUCUUGAAUAGGUGUCAUAAUGUAGUCAGUUAACUACGACCCAGAGACUCAGUUCACUUCUACUUCACACAAGCACACAAUAAAAAAAAAGAAAAAGCUAUUUCCACAUCUCAUCAUCUGCAGCUAAAGAAAACAGCGUGAUGCAACUUUAAAAGAAAUCUUUGCAUUUCAGUCACCGUAUGUAGUCAGUUUCUGAACUGGAAAAGAAAAGAAGCUGAAAAGGCAGCAGCGGCUUCUCAGCCUCAGUCCUGUAAGCUGAAUAAAACCUGGGCCAAAACUGUGCAGUGUGAAAAGCACAAAAUAUGGAAAGCAUGAGGUGUUGUCUAUGUGAGAUGCUUGGGAAACUCCCUGUUAUUGCAUUAUGGACUUCAGACACUUUGAAAUCAGGAUUAGAAACGUUGUAGAUGACAGAUCUACAGAUAAGAUUUCAGAUGUGCUCUGAGAGGUUGAGUCUGUUACAAAUAAUAAUAAUGUUUCUGCAGAUUUGCAGGCUCAACAGAAGUCCAAAUAAUUGCAUUCAUUAGUGGGCUGAUCCCAAGUAUUUCAUAUAGCUGCUGCCUGAGUCCAGUAUGGAGGAGCUUUAUUCAGCACUGGAGCAGAGAAACACUGGAUGUGUCUUUAUGAGCAUUUGGUGUAAAUCACCAAAGCUUCAUUCACUACAUGUAAGCCAAGAUAUUAUCAUUGGUGUUUGAUUGUGAACAAAACUCAGGCUUUUCCAGGAUUAGUAGAGGGAUUAAUGAGCUGAUUUCCUGAACAGAGAAUAUUUUAAACCGGACAUAAUUCUGAAACAUCUUAUUUUACAGGUAAAUGAAACAGAAUUAAUGCCAACCAUCUGUGUUAGUGAUUAAAACAGGAGGGAGUGCUGUGGACCACAACGAUGACGUUACUAGAUUUUAUCACAUGAUUUUUCAGAAUGCUUCCAGGUGAUUAGAAAUAAAUGCCAAUGAGAAGCAAACGUGACAAAUUCUCUGCCACACUGCUGAACAGAAAGCUCCCAGUUGUAAAUAUGAUAGAAUAAAAUCAAGCUUUUAGUUUGGGAAUAUAAAUGGUCUCCAAAUACAUAAUAAUUUGAUGUAAAUUUGUCUGUAAAACUAAUAUAAAGCAAUAUAAAUGUAUAUGAUUUUUGAUGAAAGGGAAGGUUUCUGUUGAUUCUUAUUGUUUAACGAGCAGGACCUCAGGCAGGUCUGGAUUCAUCGAUCUCUCUAUGCUGGGAAAGAAUAAAAUACUACAUUGA